AUGACAGCUGCUGCCCCAAAGGUCGGAUCCUCUGUGGACUCGGACUCGGACCAAGCUCAGUCUCACCCCGAGUCUUGGCCGCUUCCCGGGUCUGGUCCGCGGGCCGGCAGCAUCGACGACGGCGACCAUGCCCGCCAGCACGACGCCUCCGAGCUGGGAGCGCAGCAGCAGGGGCAACGGCAGCAGCAGAAGCAGCAGCAGAAGCAGCAGCAGAAGCAGCAGCAGAAGCAGCAGCAGAAGCAGCAGCAGAAGCAGCAGCAGAAGCAGCAGCAGAAGCAGCAGCAGAAGCAGCAGCAGAAGCAGCAGCAGAAGCAGCAGCAGAAGCAGCAGCCUGAGCCUGAGCCUGAGCCUGGCCAGGGCCAGGGCAAGGGCAAGCGGCCGUGGUGGAGGAGGCGCGUCGCGAUCUCGUCCUUCGCCGUCGCCGCCGUGCUGCUGGUCGCCUUCGUCGUGCUGCUGACCCUCGGACUGCUGGGAUACCUCAAGGUAGGCUCCUUUUCUACUCGGAACAGCACCGAACAGGCUUCGUCAGAUUCAGAACAACGCCCGCCAAACCCUCUUUCUACUAUCCCUCUUCUUUCUGAGCCCACCUUCACUUAUGUUGCUCCCCCACCCCCUCCAAUAACCGUGACACCGGAUGCUGCUACUCCCAUCCCGACCAAUCUAGGAACGCUCAACAUUCCGGGCCAAGAUCCGCAGGUCAACUUGGGCUAUGCGACCUAUGUCGGGACGACCCUCGAUGGAGGCAUCAACCGGUUCCUCGGGAUGCGCUACGCGGCACCACCGGUGGGAGACCUGAGGUGGAGGGCACCCGUAGCCCCUCCGACGUCGACGUCGCCUCAGUCGGCCAAGCAGUUUGGGCCUAUCUGCCUGGGCAUCUCGGUCUCGUAUCCCAUCAGCUACGAGGACGAGGACUGCCUCUACGCCAACGUCUGGGCCCCGCAGACUGCCAACACCACGUCCAACCUGCCGGUAUGGCUGUUCAUCCAGGGCGGUGGCUACGUCUCCAACUCGAACGCGAACUGGGACGGCGAGGAGGUUGUCCGCCAGUCCGGCAACAAGAUCGUCUUUGUCAACUUCAACUACCGCGUGUCCAUGUGGGGGUUCCUGGCCAGCUCCAAGGUCCAAGCCAACGGCAAUCUCAACGCCGGCCUGCUUGACCAGCGCUUCGUCAUGGAGUGGGUCAAGUCAAACAUCGCGAGUUUCGGCGGCGACCCGAACAACGUCGUCAUCCACGGAGCCUCGGCCGGGGCAGGGUCCGUUGCACUGCACCUCAUGGCCUUUGGCGGCCGCAACGACAACCUCUUCUCCGCGGGCAUUGCCGAGUCCGUCUUCUUUCCCGCGCAGCCCUUCGUGCCCCAGCUCGAGUACCAGUUCGACCGCCUGGUCAACGCCACCAACUGCGCGGCGCAACUGGACCAGCUGGCGUGCCUCCGCGCGCUGGACACCAAGACCCUCCAGGCCCAAAACGUCCCGUCCAUCUUCCCCGGGCGCACCGAGCCGCCCCUCCCGCUCUUCUACUGGACGCCGUGCAUCGACGGCGACUUUCUCGAGGACCUGCCGUACAACCUACUCGCGCAGGGCAAGCUCAUCGACGUGCCGCUGCUGUUCGGCAACGACAACGACGAGGGCAGCUACUUCGCCACCAACGCCGCCACCCCGGAGGAGAUGGCCGAGUUCUUCCAGAACAACUACCCGCUGCUCACCAACGACGACACCGCCGCCAUCCAGCGCACGUACCCGCUCAUGCCCGCCGUGGCCCAGCACAACGCCUGGUUCCCCAGCAACAGCAUGGCCUACGGCGAGGCCACCUUCAUCUGCCCGGCCAUCAGCCUCUUCUCCGCCUACACCCAGGCCUCGCCGGGCGGCACCGCGGCCUCGUCCAUGUGGCUGUACCGGUAUAACGUGAUUGACAACGACAACGCCGCGGCGGGCGUCGGCGUCCCGCACCUGUGGGAGUCGUACGCCGUCUUCGGCCCCACCAACCUGGCCUCCAACAACGUCCCCGAGAGCUACCUGACCUACAACGCGCCCAUAGUCCCCGUGGUCAUGGACUACUUCCUCUCCUUCGUGCAGACCCGCGACCCCAACCCGCUCAGGUCCGCGGGCGCCCCGAUCUGGGAGAGCUGGGGCACGCCGCUGCUCGUCAGCAGCGGCAACGGCUCCAGGAUCGUGCUCGAGACCAACAACGUCCGCAUGGAGCCCGUCGAGGCCGCCCAGGCCGCGCGGUGCCAGUUCUGGGCCGGGCUGGCGCCGAGGACGCAGCAGAAGGUGAAGAGGGGCGAGGGGGUGGAUCUGCCCCUGGGCCAGACUCCGGAUCAGGGCGAGACUCGCAAGAAGAUUUUAUACUAA